AUGUUCGGUGUGGUAGUAGCUGGACGAUUAGUACAAACAGAUUAUGAACAAGUAACUCAGAAUCAAUUUUUGUUUAAUAUUGUGGAUGCAGACAGCAUCAACCAUGUUGUUGUGUUCCUAACUGGACAAACGCCGUUUCCUGAUGGUUAUGGUGGAGCUGUAUAUUUUGCCUGGCCCAGUGCCCAAGGACAAAACUGGAUCCUUCUUGGCCAUAUUACCAACAUUAAACCCAGUGCCAUUUUCAAAGUGUCAAAACUCAAAUCGAGUGACUCAUCAAUGAACCCAUUUCAAGCAAUGACCAAUCAACCUGUACACGUUGCUCAAAUUGGGAUCUCAGUGGAUCCACUUACAGAGUUAUCACAACAAACACCAGCAACUUCAGCAGCUGUUUCAAAUCUAGAACCAUUUGUGGAUUUUUCCAAGAAAAUGGUAGAGAAUUUAUUUAACUUUGUAACCUCAUUCUCCAGUCCACUACCACCUGUUCCCACAGAGACCUAUAUUCCUUCAAGUGUCUUGCAGAAAUGGUAUGAUAGCUUUAUACGCAAAAUGCAACAGGAUCCCUAUUUCUGGAGAUCAUAA